GCACCAGACUCGUUUCCUGCUCUGGUUACAUUAACACGUCAAGGCUCAGCAUCAAUUGAGUGAAAGCAUCAAAGACACCACUGUGGAUGAGAGAGAGUGAGUUUCUGUGCUUUAAACAGUUCGGAACAACAUCGCAUCUCAGGACGCUGGAGACAAUCCUCGCAACACCGUGGACAUGGCACAUAAGCCUUUUUCAUUUAUUCCCCAUCAUCGCCGCCCAUCUGCAAAUGCAUCAUCUCAAGAAGCUGGAGACGAUUCUAUCAACACUGUGAAAGUGGCAUUUAAACGUCCUUAUAGCAGCUUAACUCUAAUUACAUCAUCUCAAGGAGCAGCAGACAAUUCUAGCAACUAUGUGCACAUGCCAUCGAAAUGUCCUUGUCAUGGCUUAACUCUAUAUGCAACAUCUCAAGAAGCUGGAGACAAGCCUCGUAACACAGUGGAUGUAACAUCUAAGCCUUUUUCAUUCAUGUCUCCUUGUCUCCACCCAUCUGCAAUUCAACAAAUCCCCCCUGCUAAAAAGGAAAACGUCUUAACUAAGGGAGGUGUUGCAUCUGGGUUCAGCUUUGGUAGAUCUGCAACAUUUCAAGAAGCUGGAGACAAUCCUUGUAACACAGUGGAAGUGACUUCUAAGCCUUUUUCAUUCAUGUCUCCUUGUCUCCACCCUUCUGCAAUUCAACAACACAGUAAAGUGCCUCAAGACUCUUUUCUUGAAAAGCCUUGGAGAAACCAGCAAUUCAACAUAUUCAUAAAGGAUGAACUUCUAGAAGACAUCCGAAAAUACGAGAGUCUGACAAAGUCAGUGGAAGAGCCCAGAAUCCUCCUGGUCGGGCAGAUUGGAGCUGGUAAAAGCAGCUUCUUCAACUCGGUGAACAGCGUCUUCAGAGGUCAUGUGAUGCUGCAGGCCGCAACUGGGUAUGGAGAGACCAGUGUAAGCAAACAAUACAGAAUGUAUGCAGUUCAGGAUGGGAAAGGUGGGAGGAGGCUGCCAUACACCCUUUGUGACACCAUGGGCCUGGAAAGCAGUGAUGAUGACGAAGGGAUCCACGUGGAUGACAUCAUAAGUGUCAUUAAAGGCCAUGUCACAGAUAUGUAUGAGUUCAAUCCCAAGGCACCAAUAACAAGUUACGACAACCGUUACAGAAAGGACCCCAGUCUGGCUGAUAAGGUGCACUGCAUUGUCUUCGUGGUUGAAGCAGACAAAAUCAGCUUUGUGGAUCAAAAUCUGCUUGAGAAGUUUAAGACUAUUAAGUCAGAGGUGAACAGAAUGGGCAUUCCUCAGCUUGUGCUGGUCACUAAGAUAGAUGAGGCCUGCCAAGAAGUUAAUAAGGACCUUACCAAAGUGUACUGGAGCAAUUAUCUUCAUGAAAAGGUAAUUCAGCUAAAACAGAUGCUGGGAGUUUCUGUCUCUGCUGUCUCCCUGGUUAAGAACUACUCAACAGAGACAGAGGUUGACCUGAAUGUGGACAUUUUGCUCCUGAAGGCCCUACAGCAGAUGCUGAGAGCCGCUGAUGCCUGCUUUGAUGAGAUGAAGCUGAAAGGCCUAACUAGAUCUUUGAAGUACAUUGACAGAUAUGGGACAUUCCGAAUCCACACCAGCAUCUUCAGAGGUCAUGUGAUGCUUCAGGCCACAUGUGGGUAUGGAGACACCAGUGUAAGCAAACAGUACCGAAUAUAUCCAGUUCAAGAUGGAAAAGGUGGAAAGAGGCUGCCAUACAUCCUGUGUGACACCAUGGGUCUAGAAGACAGUAGCUAUGAUGAAGGGAUCUGUGUGGAAGACAUCAUCAGCGUCAUUAAAGGACACGUCCCAGACUUGUAUGAGUUCAGUCCCAAGGCACCGAUAACCUGUAAUGACGUGCGCUACAAGAAGCACCCCAGUCUGGCUGAUAAGGUGCACUGCGUCGUCUACGUAGUUGAAGCAGACAAAAUUAGCCUCCUCUGUGAAAGUUUGCUGAAGAAGAUUAAGUCUAUCCGGGCCAACGUGAACAGUAUGGGGAUUCCUCAGCUUGUGUUGGUCACUAAGAUAGACAAAGCCUGCCCUGAAGUUGGAAACGACCUGACCAAAGUGUACAGGAGCCGCUACCUUUAUGAGAAGGUGACUCAGCUUGGACAGAUGCUGGGAGUUCCCGUCUCCUCCAUCUCCCCUCUCUCCCCGGUUAAGAACUACUCAACAGAGACGGAGCUCAACCUUCAUGUGGACGUUUUGAUCCUGACAGCCCUGCAGCAGAUGUUGAGAGCUGCUGAUGCCUGCUUUGAUGAUAUGAAGCUGAAAGGCCUCGCUCAGCAAAGCAGUUCCUGAUGUUUUUUAUUUUGCCAUGGUUCAAUAACUUGAGUGCAUUUGAAAAUAA